AUGCUGCACCUGCUGCUGCUCUGCCUGCACUGCCUCCCGCUGGCCUCUGGGGACUACGACAUCUGCAAAUCCUGGGUGACCACAGAUGAGGGCCCCACCUGGGAGUUCUAUGCCUGCCAGCCCAAGGUGAUGCGCCUGAAGGACUACGUCAAGGUGAAGGUGGAGCCCCCAGGCAUCACGUGCGGAGACCCCCCUGAGAGAUUCUGCUCCCAUGAGAAUCCCUACCUGUGCAGCAACGAGUGUGACGCCUCCAACCCGGACCUGGCCCACCCACCCCGGCUCAUGUUCGACAGGGAGGACGAGGGGCUGGCCACCUACUGGCAGAGCAUCACGUGGAGCCGCUACCCGAGCCCGCUGGAAGCCAACAUCACCCUUUCGUGGAACAAAAGCGUGGAGCUGACGGAUGACGUGGUGAUGACCUUUGAGUACGGCCGGCCCACGGUCAUGGUCCUUGAGAAGUCCCUGGACAACGGGCGCACGUGGCAGCCCUACCAGUUCUACGCCGAGGACUGCAUGGAGGCCUUUGGCAUGUCCGCCCGCCGGGCCCGCGACAUGUCGUCCUCCAGCGCCCACCGGGUGCUCUGCACCGAGGACUACUCGCGCUGGGCGGGCUCCAAGAAGGAGAAGCACGUCCGCUUCGAGGUGCGGGACCGCUUCGCCAUCUUCGCCGGCCCCGACCUGCGCAACAUGGACAACCUGUACACGCGGCUGGAGAGCGCCAAGGGCCUCAAGGACUUCUUCACCCUCACGGACCUGCGCCUGCGGCUGCUGCGCCCAGCACUGGGUGGCACCUACGUGCAGCGGGAGAACCUCUACAAGUACUUCUAUGCCAUCUCCAACAUCGAGGUCAUCGGCAGGUGCAAGUGCAACCUGCACGCCAACCUGUGCUCCCCGCGUGAGGGCAGCCUGCAGUGUGAGUGCGAGCACAACACCACGGGCCCCGACUGCGGCAAGUGCAGGAAGAACUUCCGCACCCGCUCCUGGCGGGCCGGCUCCUACCUGCCGCUGCCCCACGGCUCCCCCAACGCCUGUGCAGCAGCAGGCUCCGCCUUUGGCACUGCGGGCACCUCCACUGCUGCCCCUGCCCCUCCCAAGGGCUCCAAACUUUUCCAGCUCAAGCCCAAAUCUCCUCAAGUGAUGCCUAUUGAAGAAUUCCAAGACUGCGAGUGCUAUGGCCACUCCAACCGCUGCAGCUACAUCGACUUCCUGAAUGUGGUGACCUGUGUCAGCUGCAAGCACAACACACGCGGCCAGCACUGCCAGCACUGCCGCCUGGGCUACUACCGCAACGGCUCGGCCGAGCUGGACGAUGAGAAUGUCUGCAUUGAGUGUAACUGCAACCAGAUCGGCUCCGUGCACGACCGGUGCAACGAGACCGGCUUCUGCGAGUGCCGCGAGGGCGCGGCGGGGCCCAAGUGCGACGACUGCCUCCCCACGCACUACUGGCCCGACUGUGUUAGCUCAGAUCCAUCAGACCGGAGCCUCAAGUCCAAUAUCAGGUUACAGGGAACCCGCAACUGCUGCGCGGCCACUGCCUCCUGCCAGAGCCCCCUGCUGGCCAGGCAGGCAGAGCCCCUGGCUGCCGUGCGUUUCAGCUAUGAGGUAUUUAUGGGCGCCUGGGGAGCAGCUGGUGGCAUCUCCCUGCAGGCCUGGGUGGCCAGGGCAGGAGGGGGCUCAGCCCCCUGCCCGCACCCCAGCCGGAGCCAGCCUCCCCUCUCCCCGAGGGACUCCCCAGCCCCUCCCAGCACAUCUUGA